UCUCGUGACACUGUCAGUUUGAGUUUGUGUACUCAAAUAAGUACUAGUCAUUAGUAGUAGUAACAUAUAGAUUCUCUCUCUCUCUCUCUCUCUCUCUCUUUAAAGUCUCUUUUCAGAAACUCUCAACAUACUUUCCCUCUUUUUCUUUCUAUAGCAAAAACACCUGGCCCAAAAUAAGUUUUUAUUGUACUCCCAUUUUCUCUAUUUGUCCUUGCAACCUUAAUCUUAAGUUUGUUUCUGCAACAUUUUUUGUUCUUUUUUUGGUACUAAGAGUCAGCUCAGCCACUGUUUUUUGUGUUUCUUCUUUGUACUGUACCCCCAUUUUCUCCUUAUAUCUCAUCAUCUUUCUCUAUUUGUCCUUGAAACUGCAACUUUAAUCUUAAGUUUAAUUUGUUUCUGCAACUUUUUUUUGUUCUUUUUUGGUACUCAGCCACUGGUUUUUGUCUUUCUUGUUUUUUAGUGUCUGGUUUUUGUUCAUUCUUGAUUUUUGAUUAGGGUUUUUUUAUAGCUACAUUUUGUUUUUGGAGUAUAAAGAUUGCAAACUUGUACAUUUUUCUUUCUAAACCCUUUUGUUUUUGCAACAUUUUUGGUACUAAGAUUUAGCUUCACCUUAGCUUAGCCACUGGUUUUUGUGUUUCUUGUUUUGUAGUGUUUGUUUUCUCUUCUUUUUGAUAUGGGGUUGAUUCUUGAUUUUUGAUUAGGACUUCUUUAUAGCUACAUUUUGUUUUUUUGAGUUUUAAAGAUUGCAACUUUAUUGUUCUUUUUUUGGUACUAAGAUUCAGCUCACCUUAGCUCAGCCACUGGAUUUUGUGUUUCUUGUUUUGUAGUGUUUGUUUGUGUCUUCUUUUUGCCAUGGGGUUGAUUCUUGAUUGUUGAUAAGGACUUCUUUAUAGCUACAUUUUGUGUUUUGAGUAUAAAGAUUGCACCUUUAGUGUUUCUGUUACAUUUUCAAGAUUCUUGAAAUGGGGUGUUUCAAGUUUGUAUCUUUUUGUGUCUAAACCCUUUAGUUUCUCCUCUAAUUGUCUCUACAAGACUUCUUGGUUUUUCUUGUUUCUUGGGUUUUUUGGGUUCUAGCAUUUUUGUUGUUUGAUGGUUUCUUGAUUGUUCCAUUUGGGGUUUUUUCUUUUUGGGGAAAUUAAAGAUUCUUGAAAAAACAACCUAAAAAUGGUAAUUUUAAGGUUGUUUACUGCUUUGUUGGUUUGGUUGUUGUUGUUAAGGUCUGCAGAGGCUCUUCAUGAACAAGCCAUUUUGGAAGCAAUUGGCAAAGAGCUAGCAAUACCUGGUUGGGAUCUGAAUAGCACUGAUUUCUGUUCAUGGCAUAGCAUUAGUUGCAGCUCAAACAGUUCAAUGGUGGAAAGGUUGAAUCUUUCGGGUUUUCGAUUACAAGGUAAUUUGACUCUAAUAUCUGAGCUCAAAGCAUUGAAGUGGUUAGACCUUUCUAAUAACAAUUUCCAAGGUUCAAUUCCAUCAGCAUUUGGGAAUUUGUCUGAGCUUCAGUUUCUUGAUUUGUCUUUUAACAUGUUUGGAAAAACUAUUCCUGGUGAACUAGGUAAGCUCAAGAACCUUAAAGCAUUGAACCUUUCAAACAAUUUGCUUGCUGGUUCAAUACCUGAUGAGCUUGAAGGGAUGGAAAAUUUGCACUAUUUCCAAGUUUUUACCAAUAAGCUGAGUGGUUUUAUUCCAAUGUGGAUAGGGAAUUUGACUAAUCUUAGAGUGUUUGCAGCUUAUGAGAAUGAGUUUAUUGGUGACAUUCCAGUUAACUUAGGCUUACAUUCUGAGCUUUUGUUAUUGAAUCUUCAUUCAAAUAAGCUUGAAGGGACAAUACCUGAGAGUCUUUUUGCUAUGGAGAAGCUUGAAUUCUUGAUUCUGACUAAUAAUAAGUUGACUGGCCUUAUUCCUGAUUCAAUUGUGAAUUGCAAAGGCCUUUCGAAUAUUAGAAUUGGGAAUAACAAGCUGAUAGGUGGCAUACCGAAAGCGAUUGGGAAUAUAAGUAGUCUUACUUAUUUUGAAGCAGAUAAUAACACACUGUCUGGUGAAAUAGUCUCAGGAUUUGCAAAAUGCUCUAAUCUUACUCUACUUAAUUUAGCUUCAAAUGGUUUUUCUGGUACUAUCCCUCCCGAGUUUGGCGAGCUGAAUAAUCUGCAGGAGUUGAUUGUUCCGGGGAAUAACCUGUACGGAGAGAUUCCAACUUCAGUUCUGAGGUGUAAGAAUCUAAACAAGCUUGAUUUGAGUAACAACAAGUUCAAUGGAACCAUACCGGGAGAUAUAUGCAACACGACUAAACUACAGUUCUUGCUGUUGGGACAGAAUUCGUUGAGAGGGGACAUACCUCGUGAGAUAGGGUACUGCGUAAAACUGCUUGAGUUGCAAAUGGGAAGUAAUUAUCUUACUGGAAGUAUCCCUCCUGAGAUUGGUCAUAUGAAGAACUUGCAGAUUUCAUUGAAUUUGAGUCAUAAUCAUCUUCAUGGUCAGUUGCCUAAGGAUCUUGGGAAACUUGACAAGUUGGUUUCAUUAGAUGUAUCUAAUAAUCAGCUGUCGGGGAAUAUUCCGUUGGAAUUGAAAGGUAUGAUGAGUUUGAUAGAGGUUAACUUUUCGAACAAUCAAUUCACAGGUCCAAUACCUGUUUUUGCUCCAUUUGAGAAGAGCUUAAAUUCAAGCUUUCUUGGAAACAAAGGGCUUUGUGGUGAGCCUUUGAGUAGUGAUUGUGGAUAUGGUUUUGAGCAUAACGGUUAUCAUCAUCGAGGUUCCUACCGGAUCAUCUUGGCUGUUGUUGGUACUGGUUUGGCAAUUUUUAUAGCUGUGACAGUGGUUGUUUUACUCUACAUGAUGAGGGAGAAACAAGAGAAAACCACCACGGAAGCUGGAAAUACCACCGAUGAAAUUUGUGGCAAGCCAGUGAUCAUAGCAGGGAAUGUUUUCGAUGAGAAUCUCAAGCAAGCAAUAGAUUUUGAUGCAGUUGUAAAGGCAGUAAGGAAAGAUACAAAUAAGAUUAGCACUGGCACUUUCAGCAAUGUGUAUAGAGCAGACAUGCCUUCUGGGAUGAUUUUAUCGGUUAAGAGUCUAAAGUCGAUGGACAAGACUAUAAUUCAUCACCAGAGCAAGAUGAUCAGAGAGCUUGAAAAGCUAAGUAAACUCUGUCAUGAUAAUCUUACUAGGCCUAUUGGGUUUGCAAUCUACGAGGAAGUUGUUCUACUCUUACAUCAUUACUAUCCCAAUGGGACGUUGGCUCAGUUUCUUCACGAGUCUAGCCAGAAACCUGAAUACGAACCUGACUGGCCAACAAGACUUUCCAUUGCCAUUGGAGUUGCAGAAGGAUUAGCGUUCCUUCAUCACGUUGCCAUAAUCCAUCUCGAUGUUUCUUCAGGGAAUGUGUUUCUUGAUUCUAAAUUCACCCCUUUGGUUGCCGAAGUUGAAAUAUCCCGACUCCUUGAUCCAUCUAGAGGGACUGCAAGUAUUAGUGCUGUUGCUGGCUCAUUCGGAUACAUUCCCCCAGAAUAUGCAUAUACAAUGCAAGUAACAGCUCCUGGAAAUGUUUAUAGCUAUGGGGUUGUUUUGCUCGAGAUCCUUACCACACGACUACCUGUUGAUGAAGCUUUUGGUGAAGGAGUUGAUUUGGUCAGGUGGGUUCACGGUGCAUCUGCGAGAGGAGAAACACCAGAGCAGAUACUCGAUGCCAAACUUAGCACCGUUUCUUUUGCUUGGAGGAAAGAAAUGCUUGCGACUCUAAAGGUUGCAUUGAUGUGCACCGACACCAUUCCUGCAAAACGGCCAAGAAUGAAGAAGGUGGUAGAAAUGCUUCAAGAGGUUACACAAAGUUGAAUCAGAAUCAAACUUUUAUCAUCCAAAAGUCUGCUUAGUACAAAACUGUAUGAAGUUCAGUGUUCUUAGCCUAGACUAGAGGUCAAAAUAGUUAAACUAUGUAUAUUGUCUUGGGUUUCUGUCUUCUCUGAUGAUCAGCUCCGCAUUUGUAAUCUCGAUUUUCACAUUAGGGUGUAUCAGGAGAAGGGUAAAAGCCUGAAGCAGUUCUUGUUAUGUGUACCAUUUUGUACUAGGUCUGCAAUCUAUAUAUAUAGAGUUCUUUUUCUA